AUGCGCGUCUUUUUCCUGGCAAUCGUUAUUGCAGAUGGUAAUGAUUACACUGGGUAUGUUAUUGUUAUGGCUGACGGUUCCCAAUUUCAUUAUUUCCGAUUUUCUAUUGUUGGAGCUUCGAAAAUGAUGGAGUUGCAACGAUUACAUUUGAAGAAUACUCUAGUAUGCCUGCUUGAGAAUUGCAGAAGCAUGAGAGAGCUCAAGCAGAUUCAUGCCCACAUCACUACAUCCCCUCAGUUCUUCAUCACUGACCGUUGGUUCUUAAUCUCUCGCAUUAUUUUCUUCUGCACAGUUUCUCAAUCAGGGUCUCUCACCUAUGCCGACACCGUAUUCAGGCUCGUUCCACAAAAAACUCUCUUCAUUUACAACUCCAUGAUCAGAGCUCACGCUUCAAGAAUCCAUGACCCCAGUUCAUCUCAGCCCUUAAUUUUGUACAGACAAAUGCUCUUUGAUGGUAUUACACCUGACUGUAUUACAUUUCCCUUCGUGUUAAAACAUUGCGUGAGCAGAGUUGAUGGACUUGUCGGAUCAAGUGUUCAUGCCCAUGUUGUUAAGUUUGGGUUUCACGGUGAUGUUUUUGUGCAGAAUUCUUUGAUUACUCUGUAUUCACAAUGUAGGUCAGUGGAUAAUGCAAGGAAGGUGUUCGAUGAAAUGUCUAAUCGAGAUGUUGUUUCGUGGAAUUCUAUAGUAAUUGGGUGUUUGAGAAAUUCAGAGCUUGAUAUGGCCUUAGAGUUGUUUAGGAGAAUGAAGAGGAGGAAUAUUGUCACUUGGAAUUCAAUCAUCACGGGGUUCGUACAAGGAGGUAGGCCAAAGGACGCUUUAGAAUUCUUCUAUGAAAUGCAAGUUUCUGGUGAUGAUAUGGUUAGUCCAGAUAAACUGACAAUUGCUAGUGUCCUCUCAGCUUGUGCUUCUCUUGGCGCGGUUGAUCAGGGGAGGUGGGUGCACGAUUACUUGAAUACAAGCAGAAUGGAGUGUGAUAUGGUGAUUGCAACAGCAUUAGUCGAUAUGUAUGGCAAAUGUGGGAGUGUUUCUAAAGCCCUUGAUGUUUUUAGGUCAAUGAAUAAUAAGGAUGUUUUGGCAUGGACGGCUAUGCUUUCUGCAUUUGCAAUUAAUGGUAAUGGAAGAGAAGCUUUCGAGCUUUUCUUGGACAUGGAAACAGCUAGAGUGAGACCUAAUGCUGUGACUUUUACUGCAUUGCUGUCAUCUUGUGCUCAUUCUGGCCUUAUAGAGAUAGGCCGUUGGUGUUUCCGUGUGAUGAGGCAUGCUUAUCACAUAGAGCCACAAGUCCAACACUAUGCUUGCAUGGUUGACAUUCUUGGUCGAGCUGGUCUCUUUGAUGAAGCAGAAGGGCUAAUCAGAAAUAUGCCAAUGGAGCCAGAUGUUUUCGUUUGGGGUGCACUACUUGGUGGCUGUCAAAUGCACCGGAAUUUUCAGUUAGGAGAAAAAGUUGCCAGGUAUUUAAUUGCUUUAGAGCCUCUGAACCAUGCCUUUUAUGUUAAUCUUUGCGAUAUAUAUGCCAAAGCUAGAAGGUUUGAUCAUGUCAAGGAAAUUAGAGCUCUAAUGAAGGAGAAACAGAUCGAAAAGACCGUUCCUGGCUGCAGCACGAUUGAAGUUAAUGGAGUUGUUUGCGAAUUUUCUGUAAGAGGAUCACCUCAAGUUUUGAUGACGGAAAUAAAGGUUGUUUUAUCUAGUUUGAGUGAUGAAAUAGGAAGGAGUAUUAACAUGAGCGCUGUUCUGGAUUGA